AUGAAGAUCUACAAGGCUUUCUCAGCGGUCGUGCUCAUUAGGGGUAUUACUGCUGGCUCUGUUCCGGUGAUGUCGCCCAUCCCGAAACCGCCCUUCAAAAAUGAAACGGACCACAGCACGGCCGCGACCUUCGUGACCACCAUCACGUCUGGCUACUCAUUUUAUUGCCCUGAACCUACCACGUUUCACCAUAAAAAUCUCACCUACACGGCCACGGAGCCAACUUAUUUGACCAUCACGAACUGCCCCUGUACUGUCACCUACACGCAGGACACAAAGUCCCCUGGGACAGUUGUCUAUCCCACAGCCCCCCCUAGCCAGCCAAUGUCCCCCACGCCUCCAGCAAUGUCCUCAUCUGCUCCUGCGCCACCGCUGCCUCCUACCAAGGCUACAGUCCCAUACUAUGAGUCUUCUCUUCCACCAGCGAAGCCCAAGCCCACUGUUCCUAUACCAGAAGCUCCCCCUUCUCCCCCUUCUCCCCCUCCUCCUGCACCUGAGCCCUCUCUACCAGAAACUACAGUUCCAGCUGCUGGAACCCGGCCACUUCCUCCGCCCCCCGAGGUUUCGGUUCCUGCCCCAGGGUCUCCUCCUCCUCCUCCCUCUAUUCCCGGGCAACCGGCUGUUCCUCCAUCUCGAGCUGCCCCGCCCCCGGUCAACCCUACUGGUACUAUCGAGGCUUCUGUGCCUUCGGCCGCUGCUAACAAGGUGUCUGGAAGCUUUGGGGCUUUCGUGUUGGCUGGUAUUGCAGCUUUGGCUAUGUGAUCAAUCCUGGGGAAAGCAAAGUUAAACUAAACUGUAUUAUCGACACUAAAUGAUGGUGGGAGAUUGCUCACGGAAGGACAUGGCAUCUCGGUAGAUUGCAAUAGGAAGAUAAUACGGAGAUAUUGGGUUGCCAUCUUGCAUAGAGGUCUUUGUAUUAUGACUAGCCAGAAUAAUGUUAGUUCUUGACUUGCUUUCAUAAUCGUCACGAUCUAUAGUCAGUCAUAUACCAAUGGAG